AAAAAUGAUGUUAUGAACUUAUGAACAUUAUAAUAUUAAUUGACAGUGUCAUGUAUUUUAUAAACAUAACUGUUCAUAUGGUUUGGUGGCUUAAAUAAUUGGACGUUACAAAUGGCUAGAAAUGUACAGCAUAAUUCAUUUAUGCAAUGACAAAUGGUCAGAGGAGUUGUAUUUUUUAUACUUAUAAUAUAAUUUUCAGAUAUUUGAUUUUUUUUUUAAAUAUUAAAAAAUAUAUAAGAAUAUAUUAUGCGAUUCUUAUUUAAAAUUUGUGUCUUAUCAAUAAUCCUGAAAUGUAUAGUCAGUGAACUUCAGUGUUUGUCUUUAAAUAAAAAUGUAGAUAAAUGUCAAGAUUGGAAAAAUAUGUCUGUACUUGUGGCCGACUUAGUGGGUCGAUCAAUCGUUGAUAAUAAAGUCGAAACAAAAUCUAACAUGUUAACUUUGUUGAUUCGUGCAGCAUCAGGCGCCAUCGGACAUGGCACCAAUGCUCUAAAAACUCUUAUAGUAAACGGAUUAGUGCUUCUAACACAAAUUGUUUUAACUGUUUCUGAUUAUGGAACAACUAAUUAUAGAGGUACUAGCCAAAAAAAUCAGAUUUUUCCCGAUGGCCGUCCGAUCGACUGGAUUAUGAAUAAUCCAUAUAUCAAAUCAAUGAUGGACGAUGCAACUGACGAAACGUUACCAGAUCUAUUAAUUGAACAAUUGACGUCGGGCAUGCCGUGUGUUCAGUUACUGCUUUGUCGCUUGUCACCAAUCAUACACUAUAUGCAGCGUCAGGUGAAGGAAAGUAGCCACAGUCCACCCCACAAAUGGCUUUCGUGGAAUAUGUCCUACUGGCAGCAAGUCAAAGGAAAUGCAAAGCAUUGCGUUGAAAAACAUAACGAUUGUGAUAAAAUAAUUAAACUAAAUUCGGCCAAGUGAUGCGAGUCAAAUGAUAUUAUAAUAUCGUCAAACGUAAUGUCUGUAAGUGGUGAUAUAUCUGUUCAAAAUUCAGUUAGUUAAAUUUGCUUUACAAAAAUAUUAUUGAUCAUGUUAUAUGUAAUAUAUUAAAUAAUAACUAUUUUA